CAUUAGAAAAAUGUAGUUCUAUGGUGCAGGACCUUUGCAAGAGAGAAGUAUUCUUUUACGGUACAAUUCUUAAAGAAUACCAGGAAUUUCAAAAUAACAAAAAGCUUCCCGUUCUUUUCGACAUGAUACCCAAUUGUUAUAAAACGUUUUCAGAAAAUGACAAUGAAGUUAUUAUUUUAGAUAAUUUAAAGAAAGAUGGCUAUGUGCUACAUUCAAGAGAAGAGCCCAUGAAUAUGGCACAUCUGGAAAUGGGAUUAAAAUCCUAUGCAAAGUUACACGCCAUGUCAUUCGCUCUAAAAGAUCAAAAUAGAGAAAUUUUUGAAAAUAUCUCAAAGAACUGUCAUUCCAUAAUCAAAGAGGUGUUCGUAAAUUUAAAAAAAAUGUAUGAUACAAGGUCACCUACGGUAGUAGAGACUCUAAAAGAAGCUGGUAGACCUGAUUUGUCGAUCUUGUAUGAAAAGUAUAUAAACGAGAAAAGUAUUUAUAACAGAUUUAUGGAAGUGUGGGAUACUAUUCCCAAUGAUCAAGCAUUAAUGCAUGCUGACUGCCAUAAUGCGAAUAUGAUGUUUCAAUAUAAGGGUGAUGAUAAAACAGUUCCGCUUCGCAUGGUUUUGUUAGAUUUCCAAGCAGUUUGUCUUCAUUCGCCAGUAAUAGAUAUUUCCUAUUUUCUUUGGAUCAACUUAUCACCAACUGAAGCUCCAAAAAUUAAAGAUUUUGUAGAAUAUUACUACAAUGAGUUUUGCUCAUACCUUAAACAACUAGGAAGUGACGCUGAAAAAGUAUUUCCUAGAAGCAUUUUCGAAGAACAUUUAAAAGUAUACCUACCCUAUGGCAUAUUUUUAACAUUACCCUGCUUAGAUAUAUUAUAUUUGGACAAUGAAGAUACGCCAGCUCUUUUCGAUGAAGAAACCAACGAGUUCUUUGGAGCUUUGACUAAAGACCUAAAAAUCAAAUCACGGGAGAAAUAUUUGGAACGGUUGAUGGCAUUAGUGGAUACCUUUUUUAAUGGUCCGUAUGCGUAAAUACAUAAUUAUCCUGGAUUUUUGAGUAAUAUCAAUUAUCGAUUAUAAAAGCAGAGCUAGUUUGUAAUAAUAGUUUUGAAUAAAGUGUAAUGUAUAAAAUGUA